UUAUCGUCUGGACUUCACAGCUGGAGUGUACGAAGAAGUGACUGUGUUGUUUGCAGAUGUGGUCCAGUUCUCCCAGAUAUGCAACCAGUGCAAACCAGAUGUGGUGGCCACUGUCUUGAAUGACCUCUGGAGAGUACUGGACGGACUGACAUAUGUUCACGAUGUCUUCAAGGUGGAGUACAUUGGUGAUGCGUACGUGUGUUGUGGCGGACUCCCGAUUCCGGUGGAUAGUCACGCAGAGCGAGUGUGUAAUAUGGCGCUCGCCAUCAUGGCCGCCAGCAAACAAGUGCUCUCUCCUGUCACCAGCGAAUCCAUCAAACUCAGGAUUGGAGUACACACUGGACCUGUUAUAACUGGCAUUAUCGGUGAAAAGAUCCCCCGAUUCUGUGUCUACGGAUCGACCCUCACUCUGGCAUCCCGCAUGGAAUCCCACGGACUCCUGGGUCGCAUCCAGAUAAGUCCAGCCACCAAGGCCAAAAUCGACGGACUCGGAUUCUCCAUCCUCGAUCGGGGCGAAAUAGAGGUCAGAGGAGUUGGAACCAUGUUCACGCAUUUCCUCGAGGGAAGCUCGAAGAGCGACAUGGAAAUCCUCGGGAAGGUUCCGAACUCGACCAAGUCUGUCCCGAUGAAUGCCGGAGGCAGUAACUUCUACUACGACAAGAGUCUCUCUAUGGUCGGUUACCAUGACAACCUGAUUGAAGGCCAACCAGUGCCCAGUAACCCACUUAUGUACAGAGGCAUCGGCAAAGCAGUGGGAAGAAUUACCCGGCAGAAGACUUUGGCCCAGGUUGAGAUGAAGCAAGGCGCAGCGGGUUCGGUUAUGACUACUAACGCAUUCGUCAAUAACACGGGAUCGAUUAUGACUGCUAACGGAAUGGCCAAUAAUGCUCAUAAUAUGAGUAGCAUGAGUAACAUGAGUAAUAUGAAUAGUGUUAACCAGACGGUGUAUCAACAACAGAAUGUUCCGAUGCCGAUGCAAAACAUGAACCAGCAGCAGCAUACGACCAGUACGUAUUAUCAGGAGGGGGUUAUGAAUGCGGGGAUGGGAAUGGUUCCGCAACAGCAACAAGGCGGAAAAACGUCGACAACUACGGUCAAGAAAACCAUCAUUAUGCGAUGAUAAGUUCUUAAACGCUACUUUGCAAUAUACUACCUGACAACAAAAAUGACAUAAAUUCGAAUUGGAGAUUAAAAGCAAAGGAAAAACUGAUGAUAAUUCACAAAUUGAUUAAUCCACAAUCUUGCACUGAUUGAUUUGACCUAUUGUGAAUUUGAAAUGUCCAUAUGUCAUGUAUAAACCAUGACUGAAAGUCUAAGAUUUGAAUGAAUCCCAUUUUAACAAAUAUUUACUGAAAAUACGCACAUUGACAUUACUAACACAAAAUUUUAUUCAAUAAA